AUGGCCGAAUCGAUCUCAAAUUCUCAAUUAAGAUAUAUGGGGCGGCCAAGCCAUAAUAAGUCACCAAAGACAAAAAUAAUAAUCUCAAACCUUUCUCCAUCACAACGAAAUUACGAGCUCCCUUUCGCUCCUUAUACUAAUUCCCAUUUUUCAACUUUCUCUUAUAAUGAAGUUGCUUCCACGAACAUCUUUUUCUUUUUGCUACCUCUUCCGUAUAUUGAUCUCGCUUUAUCCUCUUUGAUUGUUACAGAAAGUGAAAUCAAAACCCUUUCUUUUUGAAGAUUCUGUUUUUUAGAUUAAAGAAGCAAGAAAGGGUUUCCAGAAAGGUGUUGACUUUGACUAUUUCUUCCGGGAUUGUAGGGGACUCUGUUUCUUUAGUGAGAGGGGGAUAGAAUGGUCUUGUGAGGAGGUUUGGUAAAAAGAUGUUGGAUUUGAAGAGGGCUUCAGUGAUCUAUUACCAUAAGUAUGUCAAGAGGGUUAUUAAGCUUGUCUAGUUUAUGGUUGUUACCAUGUUCAUGUGGGGAUUCCUCUUCCUCUCUGUCUACUUCAUUCCGGGUUCCCAGGUUUAAACUUACCUAGUGAUUACACAACAACAACACCCUUUUUAGUUUAUUAGAAAAGCUUCUCCUGUUCUAGCAUCUUUAAGGAUUUUGAUUUAAACAGUUUCUAUUAGUCUACCUUAGUCUUAUUCUGCUUCCUUCCCGUUUGUCGUUUCACCUGGAAACAACUUUUGAGUUUCCCUGUCUUCUUCUCUGUCUAUUUGGAGUUUGGUUUUAGGCUCUAGUCUUUGGUUUUUGGAUAUGGCAGGGCUUGAAUCCAAGCUUCCUGUUGUUCCUGGAGUGAAAAAUCAUGUCUUGGAGGCAUGUCACCAUGUCGUUAAGGCGCUGAGGGCAUCUGAUAACAACCUAGAUCCCAACUUGACAAAGCUUCUAAGUGACCUAGAGUCUCAUCUGUCAACACUUGAGAUCGUUGAUACCAAAGUUGUUGAAGAAGAUACAAGAUUCUCCGAGAUCAAGAAGAGAUUCAAAAAAGCUAAGAAGAUUAUCCUUGCCUGGGAACAAAACCAGUCCAUGAUAUUUGAAGCUGGUGUCUCUAUAGCUGAUCAGUUCUUCCAAGCCCUCCACGAUGUUCAAACACUUCUUUUGGGUUUCACAGCUUUGCCCAUCAGAACCAACAAGAAGGAGAAAGAUGUUUACAACCAAGCCGCGGUUGUUCUUGACAUCGCGAUGUUUAGGCUUGAGAAAGAGCUCUGCGAUGUCCUGAAUCAGUACAAACAGCAUGUACAGCCUCAGUACUUGUCUGUCAGUUCCCGUGGUAAAGAUAUCAUUUACGAUGAGUCCUUUGUCUCCCUAGAUGAUGUUGUCGUUGAAGCUACUGAUGACCAACAGAUACUGGGAUCCAAUAAUGUCGUUUUACUCGAUCCCCUCGUCAUUCCUCACAUCAAAGCUAUUGCAAAGGCGAUGUUUGCUUGCGACUAUGGUCAAGCAUUCCGCGAAGCUUUCAUCACCGUCAGAAGAGACGCUCUCGAUGAGUACAUGUCCACCACUCUCGAAAUGGAGAGAUACAGCUGCGUGGACGUUCUUGGAAUGCAGUGGGAGGACUUGAACUGUGAGAUGAGAAAAUGGACGAAGGUGUUAAAGAUCGUGACUCAGGUCUACCUCGCCAGCGAAAAACAGCUCUGCGACAAGAUCUUGGGAGACUUUGAGCCGAGUUCCGCCGCUUGCUUCGUCGAGAUCUCCAAAGAUACAGUACUAUCUCUCCUCGCCUUUGGCGAAGCUGUGUCCCUCAGAUCAUGCCAGCCAGAAAUGCUUGAACGCUUCCUCGGCAUGUACGAAGUCUCAGCAGAGCUUCUCUUGGACGUUGAUAACCUCUUCGGUGAUGAAACGGGGUCGUUUCUAAGAAUGGCUUUCCACGAGCUGGCGAAGACGCUAGCUGAUCGUACGGUUGCGACGUUCUUGAAGUUCAAAAACGCAAUAGCCUCUGAUGAAUCCACACGCGCCUUCUCUGGCGGCGGAAUACAUCACCUGACCAGGUAUGUAAUGAACUACUUGAAGCUUCUACCUGAGUACAAGGAUGCACUAAACACACUCCUCGAGAACAUACAAGUCGAUGACUCGAUCCCCGAGAAGACAGGACAAGACAUCCUCCCUUCCACGUUCUCUCCCAUGGCGAGACACCUCAGAUCAAUCGUCACAGCUCUAGAAUCCACCCUCGAACGCAAAGCUCAGCUCUACGCAGGGGAACCGCUCAAGUACAUCUUCCUGAUGAACAAUUGUCAUUACAUGGUCCAGAAGGUAAAAACGUCAGAGCUGAGACACUUCUUCGGAGACGAGUGGAUCAGGAAACACAUCGCGAGCUACCAACACAACGUCACAAACUACGAGAGAGCCACGUGGAGCUCUGUCCUAUCUCUGCUUAAAGAGAACAACAAAGACUCUGUUUCCACCUUGAGAGAAAGAUGCAGACUCUUCUGUGUUGCGUUCGACGAUGUUUACAAGAACCAGACACGCUGGUCGGUCCCUGAUCCCGAGCUGAGGGAUGAUCUUCACAUCUCGACCUCUGUCAAAGUUGUUCAGUCCUACAGAGGGUUUCUUGCAAGAAACGCAGCUAAAAUAGGUGAGAAACACGUGAGAUACACUUGUGAAGACAUUGAGAGUUUGCUUCUUGAUCUCUUUGAGUGUUUGCCUUCUCCAAGAUCAUUGCGCACCUCUCGUAGGAGAUGAUGAUAAUGAUGAUGACGACGACGACUCGAGCCUUUUAUUGACUCGAUCUUUUGUAUUUUUUUUCGUAUUCAGUGAUUUUGUGUAACAUGUUGUAAACUUGUAAUAUAUACUCUCGUCUCUUGGGGAUGUAAUUUGAUUUGCAAUAAUUGAAAAGUAAUCGUUUUUAA